AUGGAUCAGUGCUGGUACCACGGCAAUAUCACUCGUUCUAGAGCUGAAGACCUGCUCUCCAAAGUAGGCAAGGAUGGCAGCUUCCUUGUGCGGGCCAGUGAGUCCAUAGCUUCGGCAUACGCGCUCUGCGUGCUGUUCCGGAAUUGCGUUUAUACCUACCGAAUUCUGCCCGAUAAAGAAAAUAAGCUAAUUGUCCAGGCGUCAGAGGGUGUUCCUGUCAAGUAUUUUGAGACCUUGGAGGAACUGAUAGAAUUCUACAAGAAGGAGAACAUGGGUCUGGUAUGGCACCUCAAAUAUCCAGUGCCACGGGAAGAGGAGGAGGCUGCUGAUGAACUGGAGGAGGAUGCUGACCCGGUACCCAUGCCUCCUGUCCUGCCCCCACGCAACAUCCUCAUGGCACAAACGAGCAGCGAGACAAAGGAGGUAUCUUCUCUGCCUGAAAACUCCAGGGUGGCAGAUGUUAAUAAACUGUCCCUUUCUGAGACACUACUCCAGCGACUACAGUACCAGGACACAAGCAGCAUCUCUGAUGAGCAUCUUAAACUCAUCCAGGAUUACCUGCGAGUUCACAUCAUCAGCGACUUUGAGAUGGUGCAGACUGGUUCAAGCAAUCUUCCUCAGCUGAAGAAACUACUUACAGUUCUUUGCAAAGGACUCUUCAGUGAAGCCUCUAGGACUCUUCCAUCUCUGGAAUCCAUCCAGAAGGUGUUUGAGCAGCAGCUGCAUCCUGGUAUCCAUCAGCGCUCACAAAUGCUCGGUGAAGCUAGUCCAGUCAAUAUUGUAUUGAAACUCAAUCAGCUGGUUUCUUUGCUGUCCUCCAUUGAAGACAAGGUGAAAACACUCUUGAUUGAAGGUCCUGAUUCAACACACCGGCGCUCCCUUAUCCCCCCUGUCACUUUUGAGGUGAAAGCUGACUCCUUAGGAAUUUUCUCAAAAAUACAUCUCAAGGUUGAUGUGGAAAUGGGAAAACUCAUUAUCAAGAGAGCUAAAGAUGGUCCAGAAGACAAAUUUUAUACCCACAAGAAAAUCUUGCAGCUUAUCAAGUCCCAGAAGGUCCCUAACAAACUGGUGAUUGUGCUGGAAACAGAGAAAGAAAAAACACAGCGAAAAGAAUAUGUUUUUUCUGAUUCCAAGAAGAGAGAAGGCUUCUGCCAACUUCUACAGCAGAUGAAGAAUAAACACUCUGAGCAACCAGAGCCUGAUAUGAUCACCAUCUUCAUUGGUACCUGGAAUAUGGGUGCUGCAGCUCCCCCAAAGAAGAUCACCUCCUGGUUUCUCUCCAAGGGGCAAGGGAAGACCCGUGAUGACACUGCUGACUACAUUCCUCAUGACAUCUAUGUGAUUGGUACCCAGGAGGAUCCCCAAGGGGAGAAGGAAUGGCUGGAGACUCUGAGGCAAUCCCUGCAGGAAAUUACCAGUAUCAGCUUCAAAGUGAUAGCAAUCCAUACCCUCUGGAACAUCAGGAUUGUUGUACUGGCCAAGCCAGAACAUGAGAACCGCAUCAGCCACAUUUGCACAGACAAUGUGAAGACAGGCAUUGCAAACACACUGGGUAAUAAAGGAGCUGUGGGGGUGUCAUUCAUGUUUAAUGGAACCUCCUUUGGGUUUGUUAACAGCCAUUUGACUUCAGGAAGUGAAAAGAAACACAGACGCAACCAGAACUACAUGAACAUCCUGCGCUUCCUGACACUGGGAGACAAGAAACUGAGUCCGUUUAACAUCACUCAUCGCUUCACUCAUCUCUUCUGGCUAGGAGACUUGAACUACCGCGUGGAACAGCCCCCAUCGGAAGCAGAGAAUAUUAUCCAGAAGAUCAGGCAGCAGCAGUAUCCAGAGCUGCUGGCUUUUGACCAACUUCUCAUAGAGAGAAAGGACCAAAAGGUGUUUCUGCACUUUGAGGAAGAAGAGAUUACUUUUGCUCCAACCUACCGUUUUGAAAGAGGGACCCGGGAGAAGUAUGCUUACACCAAGCAAAAAGCUACAGGGAUGAAGUACAAUUUGCCAUCCUGGUGUGAUCGAGUGCUCUGGAAAUCAUACCCCAUGGUGCACGUUGUGUGUCAGUCCUAUGGUUGCACCACUGACAUCAUGACAAGUGACCACAGUCCUGUCUUUGCCACCUUUGAAGUGGGAGUCACCUCACAGUUUGUGUCAAAGAAUGACUCUAAGUACACAGAUUCCCAAGGGGAAAUAGAGUUCCUGCACUGCUACGCUACUCUGAAGACCAAGUCCCAGACCAAGUUCUACAUCGAGUUUCACUCUAGCUGCUUAGAAAGUUUUGUGAAGAGCCAGGAAGGAGAAAAUGAGGACGGGAAUGAAGGAGAGCUUGUGGUAAAGUUCCUUGAUGCUCUUCCAAAGCUGACUCCAAUUAUUUCAGACCCAGAAUACCUACUGGAUCAACACAUCCUGAUCAGCAUUAAGUCAUCAGAUAGUGAUGAAUCUUAUGGAGAAGGCUGCAUUGCCCUGCGAAUAGAAGCAACAGAAUCCUUAGUUCCUAUUCAUACUGUGCUGACACACCAUGGUGAAAAAACAGGGGUCUUCCAAGGUGAAAUCAAGUUACAAACUUCACAAGGAAAACAGAGAGAGAAACUGUAUGAUUUUGUCAAGAUUGAACGUGAUGAAAUAGCUGGGCAGAAACCAAAGAAUGUCAGCAACUUAGAGCCUAGCAAAGAUUGGGAUCAGACUAACAGGUAAGAGGCAAGCAGAAAGUCAAAAUCUACUCAUCUGAUGGCCAGAGAGGCAGCAGCCAUUGCUCGCUAUCGGGGAAGUGCUUCCUCUUCUCCAGACAACCCAGGGAAGGAGGAUAUGUUACGCAGCUCUACUCCCACAGACAUCAGCAACCCCAACUACCUGGGGAUGGCUGCUUUCUCUCAGCAACCCUCUACAAUCAGCCAGCUUAAGCAGAUACCUUCACCAGACCAGCCACCUUCUUUCUGGAGCUAUGAGCAGCAGCCCAAAGAUGUUACCUCUGUAAUGGGACAGAGUCAGUCAUCCUCCACAUCACCCUCCUUGUCACCUUUAUCUCCAAAAAUAUCCCUCCAGCCUGCCGUAAACAGAAGCAUUUCUAGUCGCAGCCAAGAGUAUCUGCCACCUGAACUGGGGAAAAUCACAGCAGAGCCUUUGCUUCAGGAGGAGGGACAGCAAAAGCCAGAGAUGUUUGAGAAUCCACUAUAUGGUUCUAUGGGCUCUAAGGGCAAGGUUGCACCAAAGAAAGAGCAGGACUACCCCAAGGCCUCACGAAAAGAGCAGCCACCACUGCCAGAUCAGAGCUGCCAUCUCCUGAAGUCACAGGAGCCUGACAGCAGCAAGACCUCUAGCAAACAACCAUCACCACCUUUCCUGGUCCCCACGCAGCGAUUUCGGUCCUACACCUGCUCCAGCCAGUCUGAAGAAAAGAAUACAGCUGAAAAGACUCAAGGCAAACCAAAGACGGCAACACCAUUAGAAAAUUCAGCACCACUCAAAAAACUCGUCAAGCCACUGAGGUCUGAAGUCAGCCAAAGCAUCCAGGGACAGCACAAGCCACCCCUUCCCUCAAAGAGCCGGGCAGUGCUGGACAUGCAGAACUCCAAGGGCCGAGACUAUCGCGAUAGUUCAGAGCUGCCACACUCUGGGAAGCAUCGGACGGAAGAGGGACCAGUUGGCAGGACAACUACACCGUGAAAACAACACAACA